UCAAAUCUCUCAGAGUGGAUCAUGUUUUCUCUUUUGUCAACAGGGUUCUGUUCUUCUUUCAUGGAUUACUGAUUUAUCUGGAUUUCAUCUUCAACAUUUGACCGGAUCCUGGACUGUGACGUUCUUCGUAGAUCAUCUGAAUUUAAUAACAGUCUACAAGAAAAGAUCUGAAUGAUGGAGUUUGUGAAAGAGGAGAGUGAGAUCAUGAGUGAUCCAGAAGUCUGCAGAAUUAAACAUGAAGAUACUGAGGAACUAAUAGACAUGAUGGAAGUGAAGGAGGAAAGUCAAGAGCUGGAAAUACUUUCACAGACUGAAAACAAGUUCACACAGAAAAGUACUGACAGAGCAGAAGACAAAAAGUCUUUCACCUGCAGUCAGUGUGGAAAGAGUUUCACACAUGAAGAAGCUUUUAAGGACCACAUGAGAAUGCACAAUGGAGAAAAACCUUUUGCAUGUUAUGAGUGUGGAAAGAGUUUUGCACGUAAUAAAGACUUUAAUCGCCACAUGAGAAUUCAUACUGGAGAGAAGCCGUACACAUGUGAUCUGUGUGGAAAGAGUUUCACACGUAAAGAAAGCUUUAAGAUACACAUAAGAAUUCAUACUGGAGAAAAACCAUACACAUGUGAUCAGUGUGGAAAGAGUUUCACACAUAAAGCAAGCUUUAAGAUGCAUAUAAGAAUUCAUACUGGAGAGAAACCCCACAUGUGUGAUCAAUGUGGAAAGAGUUUCACUUGUAAAAAAAACCUUAAGACACACAUAAUAAUUCACGCUGAAAAGAAGCCGUACACAUGUGAUCAGUGUGGAAAGAGUUUUGCGCAAAAAGUAGCACUCGAUAGACACAUGAGAAUCCACACUGGAGAGAAGCCGCACACAUGUGAUCAGUGUGGAAAGCGUUUUGCACAAAAAGUAGCACUCGAUAGACACCUGACAAUCCACACUGGAGAUAAGCCACACACAUGUGAUCAGUGUGGAAAGAGUUUCACACUUAAAGAAAACUUAAAGAAACACAUAAUAAUUCACGCUGAAAAGAAACCGUACACAUGUGAUCAGUGUGGAAAGAGUUUUGCACAAAAAGGAGCACUCGAUGGGCACAUGACAAUCCAUACUGGAGAGAAACCAUACACAUGUGAUCAGUGUGGAAAGAGUUUCACACAAAAAGAAACCUUUAAGAAUCACAUAAGAAUGCACACUGGAGAGAAACCCCACAUGUGUGAUCAGUGUGGAAAGAGUUUCACAUGUAAAGCAAUCCUUAAGAAACACGUAAUAAUUCACGCUGAAAAGAAACCAUACACAUGUGAUGAGUGUGGAAAGAGUUUUGCACAAAAAGUAGCACUCGAUGGGCACAUGACAAUCCACACUGGAGAGAAGCCGCACACGUGUGAUCAGUGUGGAAAGAGUUUUGCACAAAAAGUAGCACUCGAUGGACACAUGAGAAUCCACACUGGAGAGAAGCCGUACACAUGUAAUCAGUGUGGAAAGAGUUUCACGUGGUCAAAAUGUCUCCGUGAUCAUCUGCUCUCUCACAGUGGAGAAAGACCAUUUAACUGUGAUCAGUGUGGUAGAAAUUUUAUUCUGGAAGCAGCCCUGAAGAAACACCUGAAAGUUCAUACAAAGGAGAAGCCAUAUGUGUGUUCUGAGUGUGGAAAGAGUUUUGCACGAGUGGAUGAUUUGAAACAGCACCAGAAAACACACACUGGUGUGAAAGAUCAUAUGUGCUUUCAGUGUGAAAAAACUUUUACCAGAGCUGGCAGUUUGAAAGUGCACCAGAGAAUCCACACUGGAGAAAAACCUUACAAGUGUUCACACUGUGACAAGAGAUUCACUCUGUCGUCUCACCUGAAAAUACAUGAAAAGAUCCACACUGGAGAGAAACCGUACCACUGCCCUCCAUGUGGGAAGAGUUUCAACCAAUCAAGUCAUCUAAAGAGUCAUAUGAAGAAGCUUCAUCCGGAGUUCUCAGGGUGAACACUUGUGUUGU